AUGCUGCACGCGGCUCUCCGGGGUUCCACGCGCCGGCUGCUCGCCGCCAAUGCGGCCCUCCCAGGCCGACUGUCGGUGCACGACUCGUUCGCCGAUCGCCACAUCGGGCCUAGCCGUCUGGAGAAGCAAGUGAUGCUCGACUUUGUCGGCUUUGGGACGCUGGACCAACUGACCUCGACGAACGUGCCGAAGCAGAUCCGCCUCGAAGAUGACCUCGACCUGCCCCCGGCCGCCGACGAGUUCACCAUGAUCCGCGAGCUGAAGGCGAUCGCAGAGAAGAAUGAGAUCUGGCGCUCCUACAUCGGCAUGGGCUACUACGGUACCAUCACCCCGGCCGUCAUCCAGCGGAAUAUGAUGGAAAAUAUUGGAUGGAUCUCGCAAUACACCCCCUAUCAAGCCGAGAUUUCCCAGGGCCGUCUCGAGUCCCUCCUCAACUUCCAAACCAUGGUGGCCGACCUGACCGGACUGCCCAACACCAACGCCUCGCUGCUCGACGAGUCGACGGCGGUGGCUGAAGCUGUCGCUCUGGCGGCAAGGUCGACGAAGAGGUCAAAGGUCCUCGUCGACGUUAAUCUGCACCCACAGAACCGCGGACUCGUCGAGACGCGCAGCGGCCCGCUAGGGAUCGCCAUCGACAAGCUCGACCUGGGCGCCGAGCUGAAGCUGGACAACGAUGUGGCCGCCGUCGUCAUCCAGUACCCCAACACCGAGGGCAAAAUCGAGCUCCUCGACGAGGUCAUCGCCAAGGUCCAUGCAAACAAGUCGCUCGUCAUCCUGGUGACCGACCUGUUGGCGCUGACCAUCCUCCGCUCGCCCGGUGAUCUCGGAGCAGAUAUUGCCGUCGGAAGCGCCCAGCGAUUUGGUGUUCCACUGGGAUACGGUGGCCCGCACGCCGCGUUCAUGGCCGUCGGGAAGACGGACGCCCGGAACUCGCUAUCUCGAAUGAUGCCCGGAAGGAUUGUUGGAGUUUCAAAGGGAGCUAAUGGAGAACGGGCUCUGCGGUUGGCGCUCCAGACCCGUGAGCAGCACAUCAGACGCGACAAGGCGACGUCCAACAUUUGUACGGCUCAGGCCCUUCUCGCCAACAUGGCCGCCAUGUACGCCGUCUACCACGGCCCCGCCCGACUAGCCGAAAUCGCCCGCCAAGUGCACAAGAGCACCGCCUGGCUGGCCCAACAGAUCAAGGCCGACUGCGACACGUACGGGCGGCUGGCGUUCAAGGACUACUUCGACACGCUCAAGAUCGUCGACUGCGACAUUGAGGGCAUCAGGAAGCGGGCCAUCGAGAAGAAGAUCAACUUGAGGUACUUUGAAGACGGCAAAUCCGUUGGUGUCUCCCUGGACGAGACGACGAAGGCCGCCGACCUCAACGACCUGCGCUACAUCUUCACCGGCGAGCCGUUGAUGCUCGAGACUGAAGUCUACGACCAGGUCUUCGAAUGCGCUUCCCCCUUGAUCGGAAACUCGGAGCACGGGCGCACAUCGCUGUACCUCGAGCACCCCGUGUUCAACAGCCACCACUCGGAGCAGCAACUUGUUCGCUACAUGAAACGUCUCGAGAACAAGGACGUCUCCCUUGUCCACUCGAUGAUCCCCCUCGGCAGCUGCACAAUGAAGCUGAACGCAUCCGCCGAGUUGCAGCCGGUAACCUGGGAGAAGUUCGGCAACAUCCACCCAUUCGCCCCGAUCGCCCAGGCCAAGGGCUACGAGCGGGUGAUCGACGACCUCAACAAGUGGCUAUGCGAGAUUACUGGCUACGACCGCUUCUCCUUCCAACCCAACUCCGGCGCCAAUGGCGAGUACGCCGGGCUACUCGCCAUCCGCAACUACCUCAUCCACAAGGGCGAGGAGAAACGCAAUGUCUGCUUGAUCCCGACGUCGGCCCACGGUACGAACCCUGCCUCUGCACAGAUGGCGAACAUGCGCGUGGUGGUCGUCAACUCGGACCGGCACGGAAAUAUCGACUACAAAGACCUCGCCGCCAAGGCCGAGAAGCACUCCGCUGAACUCGCCGCCAUCAUGGUCACCUACCCGUCGACGCACGGCGUCUUUGAGAGCCAUAUCAGGGAUGUUUGCGACAAGGUCCACGAGCAUGGCGGACAGGUGUAUCUUGAUGGAGCGAAUAUGAAUGCGCAGGUGGGUCUCUGCCGCCCGGGCGACUACGGCUCCGAUGUGUCCCAUCUGAACUUGCACAAGACGUUCUGCAUCCCCCAUGGCGGCGGCGGUCCUGGUGUUGGCCCGAUUGGAGUCAAACAACAUCUCGCCCCAUUCCUCCCUGGCCAUCCUGUCGUUCCGGUUGAUGGCCGCCAAGACUUGGCCGUUGCUGCGGCUCCCUGGGGAUCGGCUAGCAUCCUCCCCAUCACCUGGGCGUAUAUCCGGAUGAUGGGCCCGCAAGGCCUGAAAAAGGCGUCCCAGAUCGCCAUCCUCAACGCCAACUACAUGGCGAAGCGCCUCGAGGCCGGCGGCUACAGGGUGGUGUACAAAGAUGAGCAAGGUCUCGUCGCCCACGAACUCAUCAUCGACUGCAAGCCGUUCAAGAAGAUGGCCGGCGUCGAGGUGGUCGAUGUCGCGAAGCGGUUGAUGGACUAUGGAUUCCACUCGCCGACCAUGUCUUGGCCCGUGCAGGACUGCCUCAUGAUCGAGCCGACCGAGUCGGAGGACAAGGCCGAAAUGGAUCGACUCGUCGACUCGCUACUCGCCAUCCGCGACGAGGUGCUGGCAGUCGAACGGGGCGACCUCGACAAGCUCAACAACCCGCUAAAGAACGCCCCGCACACGCUGCCCGUCGUGCUGUCCGACUCGUGGAAUCGGCCGUACAGCCGCGAAAUGGCCGCCUUCCCGAAACCUUGGUGCCACCACAAGCUCUGGCCGACCGUCGGCCGCGUCGACGACCAGUACGGCGACCGCAAUCUCGUCUGCACCUGCCCGCCCAUGGAGGAAUACCUC